GAGCAAAUAGAGGACGACAUCGGCUCCGGUUGUCGGACAUUUAGCUCGCACAAUCCGUGCUGGGAGUUCACAAGAAGAAGUGGAGGAGGAGGAGGAAGAAGAUUCAGCCUACUUUAUUUGACAUACAUUACAUUUAUUCGACGAUUUAGUAAAUUCUAAGUCAUCAACCAUGAAGUUACUGUGGGCUGUCAGUGCCCUGUUGUUCAGCUGUUGGCGAGCCAAUGCGUCCACAGCCCCAAACAUUGUCACUGAACCUUCUGAGGUCAGCAACCAGACCUCCGCAGUCCUCACCUGCAACUUGACGGAGUCCAGCCUUCCCAUCAAAGGAUCCCACUGGACACACAAUGGCAAAAUCAUUGAUGACUCCAAGUACACUAAUUCCUCUCCAUACACAGUCCUGCGUUUGGACAAGAUCACCCACACUUCUGGUGGACAGUAUGAAUGUGUGUUCCAGACUGAUCCAGAGUUGAAGCAGAUAAUUGAAGUCAAAACACUUCCCCAUGUCUAUUCCUACAAGCGCUCUGAGCAUGGCAAUGAGAACGACAAAGGUUUGCUGGUCUGUAUGAGCCAUGGCUAUCCACUGCCUACUGACUGGACUUGGUUCAAAGAGGAAGAUGGCGCCCAAACGCCUAUCAUCAAUGGCACUACCGACAAAUAUGAGAUCAAGAGCACCCCAAACAAGACCAUUCUGACCAUUAAGGACCUGAGCAUCCAAAACGACAUUGGAGAUUACAUCUGCUCUGGAACCAAUGACCUAGGCAGCAGUAGUGAAAAGAUCCACCUGCGUGUCCGCAGUCGCUUGGCUGCUCUCUGGCCCUUCCUUGGCAUUGUGGCUGAGGUCAUCAUCCUGGUGACCAUCAUCUUCAUCUAUGAGAAAAGGAGAAAGCCUGAUGAGGUCAAUGACGAUGAUGACUCAGGAUCAGCUCCUCUGAAGAGCAAUUCCACUGCAAAUCACAAAGACAAGAAUGUGAGGCAAAGGAAUUCUAACUAGAAGCUGAAAGAGAUGGACGGGCAGAUGGCAGUCCAGGAUUCAGCUGUUGUGUGGCACAUUAUACUGUGCACCCUGCAAUUUUAAGUACCAUUUUGUGCUUGGGUGUUAAUGUUUUAAGAAAUUGAAUGACUUCCUCUUGUUUUGUUUUCUUCUAUAUUCUUCUCCACAUUGUGCAGCCAGAGAAAAUAGUGUGAAAUAAUGUCUGCUUGAGGCCCUGGGGCAAAUUAUUGCAUGAGUUUAAAUGCUAUUCUAGCAAAGUGUGUGUUCGUUGUUAAAUCAUUAGAAUGUUCACAUGAGGAAUGCUUAGUUUGUGGUUAAUUUCUGUUCAUGCAGAUGCUUCGUACACUGACCUCACAGUCGUCAGUCUUUCCUUUUUAUAAUCUUCAUUUUGGAAUGGUGACUUGUCAAGCAGCACAAGUUCAGUUUAGAGGAUCUGAAACAUUUUUUGAUCCUGAUACAUCACUGCCAUUCUUACAGCAACGACUGGAGUGUGUUUGAAUUCACGUGUUUGAUCUGUCCCUACACCACCACAAACCUCCCUUAGCAGAGUUUUAAACUUUGCCUUAACAAGCACCAUUUCUCUUGUCUUUUUGCAUUUUGUUUCCUGUUACAAGAUUAAAAUGUGACAGUUAAAAUUAAAUGCAGAAGUGACUAAGAUUCAAUGUUUGCUAGGUUUUGUUGCCAUAAGAAAUUAAAGUUUUAAGUAGGAAAGCUUUUGUCCUAUAAGCCAUGCUUUUAUUUCAUUUUAAUAUUCACAUUUUUUAAAUUGAAGUUCUAGUCACCAAUUUUUUGUUACCAACAUCACAUCACAGUAAAAAUCUAUUGAGGACCAAGUGCAAGAGAUGUUAACUACUGUUACGUCUGUUGAACACAGCAUAAAUACACUCUAAUGUUUAAAACUACAGAUAAACAUUUAAUAAGAUGUUUUUCUUUUUCACUUAAUGUGAGGAAAAAAACAUUUUCUGUGAUUGUUUGACCGUUGUCUCAAUUCCCUUCACUGUGUAGACAAUUCAGAAGCCAUAAUGUUCCAUUUAACCUGAGUAGUGUUGUGAUUGGAUGUUACCAUUUCAGAGUUACACAAAUAAAAAGAUCUAGCCAGAUUUGUGUAAAUUGUUGUACCUUCCGAGUACAUGGAACACCAUCUGUUGUACAACCUGCACAAACUGAAUAAAGGUAUUGAAUUUUA